AUGGGUAUUAGGUUUAUACUAUGUUUUAACAAACAAGGUGUUGUAAGACUUGUUCGUUGGUUCGCUACAAGUGACAAUUCGACAGAUCCACAGGAUGAAAUAUCCCAAAUAUAUCGAUUAAUAUCAAGUAGGGACCACAAACAUCAAUGUAAUUUCUUUGAAUUGUCGGAUGAUACCAAAUUGGUAUAUAAAAGAUAUGCAGGAUUGUAUUUUGUUAUAGGAAUAGAUAUAACUGACGAGGAACCGAUCUAUUUAUCACAUAUCCAUCUAUUUGUCGAAGUUCUAGAUGCCUUUUUUGGCAAUGUUUGUGAAUUGGAUAUAGUAUUCAAUUUCUAUAAGGUGUACAUGGUUAUGGAUGAAAUGUUUUUGGGUGGAGAAAUACAAGAGGUAUCGAAAGACGUCUUAUUGGAAAGAUUGAGUACCACCGAUAGAUUAGAAUAG